AUUUAUUGAUGUCAUCAUUAGCUUAAUAAUUUGAACUCUAACACCGGGAUUCAAUUUAAGAAUCUUUGUUGAAUGAUUCAUCCAUAAAUAAUUAAGACGAAUAAUAUUUGGAAAGCUCCCAUAGCAUUUCAAAUGGAAAAUAAUUUUAGAAUAAAGCCAAAUUGGCUAUGGAAGAAAGAGCAGAGAAGGAAUAGCAACAAUCACAAUAAUUUAUUUUAGAGAAAAUCCGCUAACUAUACAAUGACAGUUUAGAAGGUGUAUCAUAAAAAUUAAGUACACUUAAUAAGUUUAUUAUAGACAUUUUGUAUUAAUUACCAAUUUUGAGACCAAAACAAAUAAUCUUAUGGAAGUUAUUUAUCAACUUAUUAACUUUGUUUGUUUUUUUUGAGGUACCAGUUUACAUCGCAUUUGGAUAAGGUUUUUGGUAGGUAAUGCAGUUUAUGUAUUUUAAGGAAUUGCAAACAGAUAAACAAGUGGCUGCAUUGUAUUAUUCAAUAUCGCUUUUUCUUGUGAUAGAUAUGGGGUUGGAUUUUAUCACAGCUUAUUAUAAACAUGGAGUUGUGAUUACGGACAGUCGAAAAAUAGCAAUAAACUACCUCUAUGGGAACUUCUUUUUUGAUCUCUCAGCAGUAAGCUUUAUUCAAUAUAACUAGUUAAUAAUAUCAAUUGCUAGAUUAUCUCUAUUUACAUCUAAAUUUAGAUUUAUAUUUUUAAUGUUUUACUUUAAGUUACCUUCAUUUUUAAGGUUUGAUGAUCAGUUAAAUGAAAUGGUUUUACUGUAUAGAAGGACGAGAGUAUUUUAUGAGGUGGGUAAGAGAGUUAUAUUCAUGUUUUUUGCAUUUAAUGUGUUCUUGUGCGUGUUCUAUAUUAUUGGAUUACACAGUGUGGAAUCAAAUUAUAAUUCGUGGUUAACAAAUCAAGGCAAUUUUGGAAUUAUUUUAGAUAGACCAUUGCAUGAAAUAUACUUUUUUGGAUUCUACUUUUCUUUAGGAACAGUCUCAACCACUAUGGGUUAUGGUGAUAUAGUAAGAUAUUUUAUUGAAAUGAUUAGUCUCCUAUGAAUAUUAUAGAGUGUUCUUGGUCUCUUUUGGGAGUUAUGUUUGGACUCAUUAUCUUUGCAAACAAUAUCAACUCAUUUUAAAAAAUGAUGGAAGAAUACAAUUUAAAUGACCUUAAGCAAUUUAAGUAUAAGGUGAGCAUCAAUAAAUUUAUGGAAUAAAAAUAAGUACCCUCUGAUUUACAGGAAAUAAUUAGGUAAUAUCUCAAUGAAUAUUGGCAUCAACAGGGACUGAGAGAUUAAGAACAGGAAAUACUGGUUUUCCAAAUGUUGGCUCCUGAAUUAAAAUAGGAAUUAAUGUAUUAAUCUUAUGGGUAGUUUUUGUAAACUACUUUUUUUUCAAAAUAUUUCUCAAAGCCUUUUUUAAAAGAUCUCUCAGAAAAAAUAUCCGAAGUUAAUUAUUCAACUGGAAAUGUCAUAAUUGAAGCAGGUGAUUCUAAUGAUGAUUAAAGCUUUUAUUUUAUACAAAGUGGAACUGUAAUUAUCAAAUGUGGUAAUUCAGAGGUAGUCAAAAAGAAAUUGCUAAAGGGAGACAGCUUUGGUGAAUUUGCCUUUAUGACAGGUAUUCAAUUUACAAUAUCAUAUAUAAGGAUAAGCAAGAACAGCCACAGCCUAUUCUUAAGAAUACAGUUAACUGCAUAAAAUAACUAGAAGUGAUUUCUUAGAUGUCUUAAAACAUUACCCAGAUGAUUAUGAAAUAUUUUGUAAACUCAGAGAUGAAUUGAUAUUUUCUUAAAAUUUCCAAUCUCUUGGAUAAUUUUGUUGGACUUGUCAUAGAUUUGAUCAUUAUGCAUCAGCUUGCCCUUUUACUCAUUACAUUCCCGAGGUCUGGGACUUAGUUGAUAAUGCCACUAUUUUGUAUUCAAAUUAAGAUAGAAUCAAGAUACAAAGAUAUGAUAGAAAGCAUUGGCCAACCAGAACCAAUCAAAAGACUUUGGUCAAUGGUUUGAAUAAAUCAAAAAUCAAGAAAUUUGCUAAUGUUAUGGUACAUUCUAAUAUAAAUUGAAUUAGUUUAAAACCGUAAAAAACAUCAGUAUGCAAAGACUAUCUCCUCUCAAAAAGUAGUCAAGUAUUUUGUAAAGUGUUCAAUCGUUUGGAUUAGACUCUGAUUAAAAAGUAGAAUUCAAUAAAACUGAAUCAAUAUAGGAUGAUCCCUUUAAAUAAUAGGAAGAACCUGAUGUGUCUUAGAUUCAAUAGGUGGAAUAGAAGGAUGCUGAAAAGAACAAUCUUUCAUCACUAUAGAACAAACUUAAUCAGUACAGAGAUUAAUAACAAUAUUAAAUCCAUCAGGGAUUAGAUUAUUUUGAUGAGCCUUAGAAUUUCAAAUAUUAUCAGAAGAAGUUCAAUUAUUCAAAUUACAAAGUUUUCCAAGGAUUUAAAGAAUCUUAAAUGAAAAAAUAAAUAAACAUUAGAAAAUCAUUUAUGCCAGGAACAUAUACUUGA